CCGCGAGCGCGUGUGGUGUGUGCCUUGUGAGCACUGCGGGUUCCCUGGACCCCGCGGCCAGGGCCGCGCCCCGCACCCCAGCUGUCGGGUUACCCACAGUUCGGUUUUCCGCUGUGGCUGAACACAGCGGCUCUGCUCUUGCCAGUCUCCAUCUCACCUCGGGGAUGGGCAAAUGCACACAUCAUGGAUUCUCCGGAUGCUCCAGCCCGCGGACUCCAAUGGGCGCCCGAAGACGCCCCCAGACCCAGCGCGGCGCCUCAAGCACAAGGGACCCUCUCAAGGCAACUUGCCGCGCCGUCAGCGGCCGACUCGCAGACCCAGAGCAGCGAGGUCACGGUGUCCUCGACCUUAGCAGGAAGGACCCCGCGAUGGUUCUGCACGAUUCGCCCACGCGAACAGCGCACCAGGGCCUGAGCGCACAGAGGGCUGCAGCGCGUGGAACUGAGCGGGUCCUGCGGUUCGUGUGCGGCCCUCUUCCCCCCAGCCCACUCACACCCCUGCCCGGUGCGUCCGCGCUCACCUGUCAAUGCGGCGGGUCCUCGGGGCCUGCGCUUUCGACGCGUGGCGCUGAGUGCGGCCGCGGCCAGAGCCGCCGGGGCUCGGCGCGGGGUCAGCGAGACCGAGAGUGACGCUGCGGCCGCGCACUGGGUCGCCCGG